ACAGGCAGCGAAUCCCGGCUGUUGUCUGGAGGAUUUCGUGCGCUGGUAUUCUCCGAGAGAUUACGUGGAGGAGGAAGGGGAGGAUGAAGCGGGACAGACGGUCAUACGGGGCGACCUGAGCGCCCGCAUGAAGAUCCCGGGGAACAUGUGGGUGGAGGCCUGGGAGACGGCCAAAGCCACGCCGGCCCGCCGACAGAAGAGGCUGUUCGACGACACCAAAGAGGCUGAGAAGGUGCUGCAUUACCUGUCGCAGCAGAAAGCGUCGGAUCUGACGCGGCACCUGAUGCCCUGCGUGCUGCACGCGGCUCUGCUCAAGAUCAAGGAGGAAGAGGUGACUGAAGACAUCGCGUCGGUGCGUAAAGCUCUGCAGCAGGUCACCGCUCACACCAGCAAACUGCUGCGGCACCCCAACCCUGACUUCAAGAAGCUGGAGGACGUCAUCGUUCAGAUGAGCGCGGUGGAGGCCGUCAUCGCCUGCGCCCGAUCGCUCAAGGCCAAGUUUGGCAUCACCGGAGGACAGCGGGAGGACGACACUGACGAGCUGGAGAGGUUUGUCAGCUGUUUGCUGGAGGAGCCCGAGGUUUCUGUGGUUGGAGCCGGACGAGGACCUGCUGGAAACAUCAUUCAUAAGCUGUUCGUCAGCUCUCAGCGGUUGGUCGACUCCAGCGACGAGGCCGCUCUGCUGGCGCCGCUGGAGGACGAGGCGGGUCGUUCUGGAGGGACUGACGACAGGAAAGCGGUUCCAGAUUUCCCGCCCCCUGCUGGACGGGAGGUUCUGCUGCGCACCUGUGUGCCGCGGCCCGCGCCGUACUCCAAAGCCCUGCCGCAGCGGCUCUUCUGCGUGCUGACCCGAGACGAGUUCAGGCUCGCCGGCGUCUUUUCCUCCGACACCUCCUUCUUCUGAGCGAUCGAUGAGAAGCGGCACGAAACUGCUGGACUCCUGUUCUUACAGGGACAUUCUAAAACGCUUCACGUGAAACACGCUUAACAUGGCUUAAUGCCUUAAUACAGUGUUUUUAAAAGACCAAACUCAGUAAACGCAUUAUUAAUAAAUCAUACUAUAUACAGACAAGCAGAGCCCAUAAUAAAACACUGUUUUAAUGCAUGCACAUUGGCGUUUUCCUUAUAACGGUUUUCUAUGGGAGGACAACACUUAACGUGUUACUAUCCUGGACUCAUCUGCUUGUCUGUGUACAGUAUGAUUUAUUAAUAACAUAUUUACAGAGGUUGGUCUUUUAAAAAUGCUGUCUUAAUGCAUUAAGCCACGUUAAAUGUUUUAGAAUGUCCCAUUAAAACGCUUCACAUGUAAUCACGGGAAAUGUUUUCUGGAUCGGCGCUCUGAGGAUCUCAUCAGCUCUAAAAUGGUUUUAUAUCUGUUGGGUUUCACACAUGCUAAUAAUAUCAGUUCCCCUACUGUGUGCUUGAUGAGAGCAGCUCUAGAUUGAGUUCUCAACGCUUUGCCUUAGGAAACAACAGACACACACACGCUCACACUCACACUCACAC